UCCUCGACCGGAUCGCGGAGUGUUAGGUAAUUUUUUCGUCGCUGGCGCGGGUGCUUGAAAAAAAGUGAAUAGAAAAAUCUUCCAGCUAAGAAGGCUGAAGAUCACCGUGGUUGACUAAAAUCACCCCCCGAAUCGAUUGCAUUACGAACGGAUUGUGAUAAUCCGUAAAAAUGGUGCAUUAUGCCCGACUGUUAAACGUGCAGCAGGCCAAGCGUGCAGCCCUGUACGCCGUUGAGACGCAGCAGCGUCACUUCCACGCGUCGUGUGCUGCCGCGGCCAAGGUCGCACUGUCCCGCUUCGAUCAGGAUGUGUACCUGCCGUACGAGAAGCUCCAGAAGAACCUCGAGAUCGUCAAGAAGCGGCUGGGCCGUCCGUUGACCCUCAGCGAGAAGAUCCUGUACGGCCAUUUGGAUGAUCCCGUCAACCAGGACAUCCAGCGUGGCGUGUCCUACCUGCGACUGCGCCCGGAUCGUGUGGCCAUGCAGGAUGCCACCGCCCAGAUGGCCAUGUUGCAGUUCAUUUCCUCCGGACUGCCGAGGGUUGCCGUCCCGUCGACGAUCCACUGUGAUCACUUGAUCGAGGCCCAGGUUGGUGGUGAGCAGGAUUUGGCCCGCGCCAAGGAUCUGAACAAAGAGGUGUACAAGUUCUUAUCCUCUGCUGGUGCCAAGUAUGGAGUUGGUUUCUGGAAACCAGGAUCGGGUAUCAUCCAUCAAAUUAUCCUGGAGAACUACGGUUUCCCAGGUCUGCUGAUGAUUGGUACCGACUCGCACACCCCGAACGGAGGUGGUCUGGGAGGUCUGUGCAUUGGUGUUGGCGGUGCUGAUGCCGUCGAUGUCAUGGCCAACAUUCCGUGGGAACUGAAGUGCCCGAAUGUCAUUGGUGUCCAUUUGACUGGAAAGAUCAGCGGAUGGACUUCGCCGAAGGACAUUAUCCUGAAGGUUGCCGACAUCCUCACCGUCAAGGGUGGUACCGGUGCCAUUGUUGAGUACUACGGCAAGGGCGUUGAUUCGAUUUCCUGCACGGGUAUGGCAACCAUCUGUAACAUGGGUGCUGAAAUCGGUGCCACAACAUCGACCUUCCCUUUCAAUCAACGUAUGGCUGAUUACCUUGGAGCAACUGGCCGCGCUGCCAUUGCUGGCGAAGCAAAGAAAUAUCAACAAUCCGUACUUACUGCUGACUCGGGUGCGAAAUACGACCAGGUGAUCGAAAUCAAUCUGGACACUCUGGAACCACAUGUCAACGGUCCAUUCACUCCGGAUCUUGCUCACCCGAUCAGCAAGCUGGGUGCCAAUUCCAAGAAGAACGGUUACCCAAUGGACAUCCGUGUCGGCCUGAUUGGAUCGUGUACCAACUCGUCUUACGAAGAUAUGGGCCGUUGCGCUUCGAUCGCCAAGAACGCCAUGAAGCAUGGUAUCAAGUCGAAGAUCCCGUUCAACGUUACCCCCGGAUCGGAACAGAUCCGUGCCACCAUCGAGCGCGAUGGAAUCGCUAAGACGUUCAAGGAAUUCGGAGGCACCGUGCUGGCCAACGCUUGCGGCCCAUGCAUUGGACAGUGGGACCGUAAGGACGUGAAGAAGGGCGACAAGAACACCAUCGUAACCUCGUACAACCGUAACUUCACCGGACGUAACGAUGCCAACCCCGCAACGCACUGCUUCGUCACUAGUCCCGAACUGGUGACGGCCCUGUCGAUUGCUGGCCGAUUGGACUUCAACCCUCUGACCGACCAACUGACCGGUGCCGAUGGCAAGAAGUUCAAGCUGGACUCGCCGUUCGGUGAUGAGCUGCCCCAGAAGGGAUUCGACCCUGGCAUGGACACCUACGAGGCCCCACCAGCGGACGGUUCCAAUGUCAAGGUUGAUGUCGAUCCCAAGAGCCAGCGUCUGCAGCUGCUGGAACCCUUCGAUGUGUGGAAUGGCAAGGAUCUGGUCGAUAUGACUGUGCUGAUCAAGGUUAAGGGCAAGUGUACCACCGAUCACAUUUCUGCCGCUGGCCCAUGGCUCAAGUACCGUGGCCAUCUGGACAACAUUUCCAACAACAUGUUCAUUGGUGCCACCAACAUGGAGAACAACGAGAUGAACAAGAUCAAGAACCAGGUCAACGGUGAAUGGGCUGGAGUUCCGGACGUUGCCCGUUUCUACAAGGCCAAGGGAAUCCACUGGGUGGCCGUCGGUGACGAGAACUACGGUGAGGGUUCGUCUCGCGAACAUGCCGCUCUGGAACCACGCCAUCUGGGAGGCCGUGCUAUCAUCACCAAGUCCUUCGCUCGUAUUCACGAAACCAACUUGAAGAAGCAGGGUCUCCUGCCACUGACCUUCGCCAAUCCAGCUGAUUACGAUAAGGUUCAACCCACCUCCAAGAUCUCGCUGCUCGGCCUGGAGAAACUAGCCCCAGGCAAGCAGGUUGAUUGCGAAAUCAAGACCGACGGCAAGGUAGACAAGAUCAAGCUGAACCACUCGUUCAACGAGCAGCAAAUCUCCUGGUUCAAGGCUGGCAGUGCGCUGAACCGCAUGAAGCAGAUCGCAGCGGCCAAGAACUAAAAGAAUACCGCUUCCCGACCGCCACCUGUCAUCCACUCACCAGAAACGAUAUUCGCAAUGGUUGGAACGAACGAACGAUUCCCGCACUUCAGAAUCGUCUGAUACACCUCAUACCACUCUCAAGACUACAAAGAAACUAAGCUCAGUGCGGAGAUCGUGGAUGAGAGUGUGCCAUCGAAGCUUAGGUUAAUACAAAAAAACACAAAGUAUCUACUUAAGGAAUAACCCUCCCAUCAAAAUACUAGAAGUCAACCUUUGAUUAGGGUGCUAGUGUGAGGAUUUUUGUUUUUAAUUUGUACAUAGAUAAUAACUGCACCGAGGAAUGCAAACCAGCACGUCCUAAUACUUAACCGAGCAUGUAGAAAUGUUUCGGAAGAAACAACAAAUUUAGAUGUCUUAAUAUAUUGUUUGAAGCAAAAUAUUCAUCAUUUACGAAAUACUUAUAUUUAAACUACACAUAUUAGGAUUCCAAAUUUAUCAGUCAUCAAGUAGAAACCCAGUUAUUAUUUCAGUGUCCUGUACGUUGGUUAGGCGAAACAAUUUAGGAUUUUGUUUAUCUGUGUUUAGUCUGCGACAAUAAAUUUAAAUAAAAACGAUAUUACUACAAAAAUUAAAA